AAAUCCCAUUUGCCAUUGUGCGCAGAGCUCAGUGUCCGCAUUUAACUUGGAUGACAUUUUGAUUUCAUCAUUAUCCUCCAGACGCGUCCAUUCAUCAUCUAUCUAUCUAUCUAUCUAUCUAUCUAUCUAUCUAUCUAUCUAUCUAUCUAUCUAUCUAGGAUCUAUUUCGAGGUGUUUUUUGCGUGCGUGAGGAAUCUUAAGAAGCUUCUUAAAAGCUUGCUAAAUAUAAAAAUACAUAAAUAUUUGAAUCUCGAGACGUUUCCGGUGGAGAGGACUGUGGUGUUUUUAUGGUGAUCCAAUGGCCGAAACAACGCCGGAGACUCGCCCGUUUAAAGACUCUCCGUUCUCCAUCAAAAACCUGCUGAACUGCGAGAGCAAGCCCACUCUGAUCAAACCCAAAGCCAUCAUGACCUCCACCAAGGGACUGCUGGAGCACGGCUUCUCCCUGUCCCGAGUCGGGGACUUGACUUUUCCGCGGUUUGACUUGCCCGUGCAGAGGUUUGGAUUAGCGGCUCACUGGUGGUACCCGUACGGACACUUACACAGAACUACAGUGUCAGAGAGGCCGGCGGUCAGAGACUCAUCCCCGGCGUCCGGUACAGACAGAGACUCACCGGAGCCGCGGCUCGCGUUAGAACCGGACGCCAAAGAGGACGAGGAAAGCAAAAGCGUGGAUGAGAUCCUGCUGGAGGAGAGCGACACGGACGAGCCGAAGAGGGACGACGCGCCGGAAGCGGCGAGCGCGGCGGCGGAGAGCUCGGACAAGCGGCCGCCGUGCCGGAAGAAGAAGACGCGCACGGUGUUCUCGCGCAGCCAGGUGUUCCAGCUCGAGUCCACCUUCGACGCCAAGCGCUACCUGAGCAGCGCCGAGCGCGCGUGCCUGGCCUCCAGCCUGCAGCUCACCGAGACUCAGGUGAAAAUCUGGUUCCAGAACCGGCGCAAUAAAUGGAAGCGGCAGCUGGCGGCGGAGCUCGAGGCGGCCAGUCUGAGUCACACCGCCGCGCGCCGCAUGGUCCCGGUGCCGGUGCUCUACCGCGAGGGCUCGGCCAGCGACACCAGCAGCGCCGCGUCCAGCCACGCCACAGCCGGCCAGCCUCUCCUCACUUUCCCACAUCCGGUCUAUUACCCACAUCCGGUGGUCGCCGCCGUGCCGCUGCUCAGACCCGUAUGAACUCCGCGCGCGCGUGCGCGCACACACACACACACACACCACUCUUAACACACUGCCUACAUCCAUGAACGAUUUAUAACGCGUCGUCAUAGAUAGUCAUUUCUUAAAAACAGAAAUGAAUAAAUAAAUAAAAUAAAUAAAGGACGAAAAAAAACAAUUGCCUGUAUUGCUGAAAAAAUCAGCUCUGCAGGGGCUGUUAUUAUUAUUAUUAUUAUUAUUAUUAUUAUUAUUAUUAUUGUAGAAUUGCCCAUAUCAAACAGGUGAUGGAUGCAUUUCAUUUCAUAUUUUUUCCUUUUUUACAAAAAAGUAUAUAUAUACAUGUUUCUUAUUAAAAUUUGCCACAUAACACACACACACACACACACACACACACAGUCAGUGUGCGGACAAUCUCUGAUGAACACCACCUGUCUUACACUUUUAUACCAAUGACUUCAUCAAAACAUCCUCAUUUAUUUUAGUCUUUUUACUUUUCUUUCUUUUUUUGAAGCCCGGUGUUCAGUGUAUAUAUUUAUAUAAAUAUCUAUAUAAAUAUAAAGGGUGUUGUAAAUAUACAUAACUCAUGCUGGUGAGAAAUGCAAUGUUGUGAAUAUGGAAGAGAUUUUGAUAUUGUAUUGCUGUAA